UCAUUGAUGAAAGCAAAAACUGUUUCUUCUUUCUCUUAUGCUUCCUCUUCUCAUUUUCAAUCCAUUCUUCUUCUUCCUUUUGGGUACCCAUGGAGUCUGGAAAGCACAAACACAGCAUUUCUAGAGAGAGAGAGAAAGAGAGGAGUGACAGAAUCAGAAACCCUAACCCUUAUGGUGAAAGAGAACAAACACCAAAUCUUGAUUAUGUGGGAGACUGAGGUGUGUGUGAUAUUGAUGAAAACCCACUCUUGUAAAACGACCGUUGAUGGGGAAAAAAAAGUUGAAUUGACUUUGACUUUUAACAUAACGAUCCAAUAUCAACCGUUGAUUGACAGAGUAGACAAACACGCGAUGUACACAACAACGUUCUGAUGAUAAAACUCAUCCAAAAACCCCGCGAAAAUUGCAGAGCCCAACCAUCUUCCACCAUGAUAAUUCUCUCUCCUAAAACCCUAUCCCCUCCCCCAUUCCUUCACCUUCCUCACAAAAACCCUAACCCUAAACCACCCAAUUUUGUCUGCAAAUCCGAGCUCCGAACCGAGAGAGGGCUCGAAUUCGAGAUCGGCGAAUCGUUCUUCCGCCAUGAAAGCGCCAUUGGCCGCGACCUCGGCGUUCUUGCGGCUUCGCUCUACAAGAAAUCGAAAGGCGAACUCAAAAUCCUGGACGCAAUGUGCGGCUGCGGAGUUCGAUCUCUGCGGUACUUGGUGGAGGCAGAGGCGGACUCUGUGUUGGCCAAUGACGCGAACGAUGAAUACAGGAGGAUUAUAUUGGAGAAUCUUUCUAGGGUUCCGAGGGGUUUGGGAGAUGAGAAGAGGUGGGUUGUGACUCAUUUCGAUGCUAAUAGGGUAAUGACUGAGUGUUAUCUUCAGAAAGAUUAUUUUGAUCUGAUUGAUAUUGAUUCGUUUGGGAGUGAUUCGAGUUUCCUGAGGUCUGCUCUUUGUGCUUUGAAAUUGGAUGGGUUGGUUUAUGUCACUUCCACUGAUGGUUUCUCUUCUGGAGGUCACAGGCCUUACCAUUCUUUAGCUGCAUACGGAGCAUAUGUUCGCUCUGUGCCAUUUUCGAAUGAGAUUGGUCUGCGAAUGCUUAUAGGUGGAGCGGUGAGGGAAGCUUCUGUAUUGGGCUAUCAUGUUACACCACUUUUCUCUUACUAUUCAUACCACGGACCUGUUUUCAGGGUGAUGCUCCGGUUUAACCGUGGAAAGCUUCCCAUCAAAAGGUAUUAUGGUUUCAUCGGCUACUGCAAGCAAUGUGGGCAUUCUGAAGCAUUUUCAUGGGAUAAACUUGGUUGCAUCACUUGCCCAUGCAAUGAAGCAAAUGUUUCUGGUUCACUUCGCGUCAUAGGGCCCCUUUGGACAGGACCUCUUCACAAUGCUACCUACAUGACAGAAAUGUUAAAUUUGGCUGAAGAAUGGGGAUGGACAAGCAAUGGCAUGGGACUGGAUCUGGAAAAGCUAUUAAUACGGAUGAUUGAUGAAAGUGACCCCGAGUUACCAGCUGGAUAUAUCAAAUUGGAUGAGGUAUCAAGACGAGCCAAAGUUAAUUCUCCUCCACUAAAGACCAUGAUGAGCAUCAUGCAGAAGGAAGGAUAUGCUGUUAGUAGAUCACACAUUGUCUCCAAUGCAAUUAAAACAAACUGUCCUAUGGCUAUGUGUGUGAAGAUUGCCAAGGAAAUCAAUGGUUCAGAAUGAUCUGUGAGCAAAUUAGUCUUGUAGAUAAAACAAACUGGCUGUAGAGGCUGCAAUUGUUGCUGUUGCCUCUUGAGAAAGCAUCGAGUCUCCUGCAACAGAAAAAACAAAUGUCAAUCAGAUAGUUUCAUAAAAAAUUAAGGACUUGCAUUCCCAACCUGCAAAUUUGGGAAACCAGAAGCUACCAAUGGAACAAGCUGUUCACCGGCCUUGCAUUGUAAGCCAUUAACUUAAUUGAAGGCUUCCAUCGCUCAAAAUGUGGGAAAACUCUUGACAACUAUAAGAACAGCUGCGUUAGUGUAUAUAUGUGAACUCAGAAUUCUUGCUGGAGCAGACUCUUUUCGCUGACUUAACAGGACCCUCUAUCUAACAAUGCUUCAUGACUUAUGGGGAUGAACGGGACUUUGAUUAUUUUCCCAUGCUUGUAAAAGAACAAUUCCAGCAAGGCUUGAUCAAAUCACAAAGUUGACAAAGUGGAACAUGUAUAAACUUUGUUUGGUAUGAUCAAACAAGAAGAUUCUGGUCACCAUAAGAUGUAAUUGUUGGCUUAGCAGACAUAAAACUUUUGGCUAGUUUGAACAAAAAGCAUACUUUGUCUUUUAUGAUAUGGACAAUUCUCGUUGUCUUGCUUCUUGGCACGAGAAAAACUAAAUUCAAUGGGGAAAGUCAGA